AUGAGGAAGUUCCUCUGCCUGCCAGGAGCGUUGACGAACGCCCAGACCUUGGGAGUACAACUUGGUCCACUAAUCAACGAACUGAGCUCGGACAAGACUGCGAGCUUCCACUUCACUCAGGGCACGAUUGAAGAAACGCCACCAGCAGAUAUUGCCUAUUGGUUUGGCAACCCGCCGCAUCUGCGAUUCUUCAAGUACGAGGCCGGUGUCGAGCCCUUGUCAAUCUUGAAUGGACUUCGUGACUUUGAGCACGAUGGGUCACCUGAAGAGGCAAUGCGCGAGUUUCUCGGCAACGACAGUGCCCCUCUGCGGCCAGACAUUGAGAGGAUGCUGAAUGAUCUUUAUCGCACAGUAGACGAGCAGGGUCCGUUCGAUGGACUCAUUGGAUAUUCAGAGGGUGCUACGGUGGCAGCGACACUCAUAGUCGACGACUUGCGCAAACGCAAGAAGCUGGGGCUUGAGGGAAGCUCCUUCAAAUGCGCCGUCUUUCUGCACGGCUGGCCACCACUCGCUACUCAAGGCGAGGAGACCUUACUCCUCUCGGACGAAGUGGGAGAGAUCAUCACCAUUCCGACGUUUCACAUGAUCGGAGCCUCUGAUCCGUACUUGGUGGGAUCCAUGGCGCUCUUCAGUGUCUGCGACAGCGAGUCAGCGGAAAUGUUUGACCAUGGCAAGGGACACAUGGUUCCCCGUGAUGCAGUCACGGUGAAGGAGCUGUCGGAUCGAUUACGGAGCUUCUGGGAGGAGUUGGAUACCAACGAGUAG